AAAUGGCUUGAGGGGGCUUCGUUAUCCAUCUUGCUAAACUUUAGUACUAGAGUUUGCAGACUGAGUGGCUCGGUGAGUUAGUGAGCGAAAACGAUAGAUAGCAUUACCAUGUUGGUUGGAUAACUGAAGUGAGUGAUGAUUUCAACUUCAAGCAUGGCUUUGCUUUCUUUACUACCCAAAACGGCACCGCAUGCCCUUUCCCUCACAAACCCUUCCUCUUCCACUCCCCUCAUCUUACCUUUCAGUUUCCAAUGUUUGCCUCACCCUCUUCCUUCUCCUCUCUCUUCCCUCAAAGCUACUUUUUCCGACGGUGGCGACAAUUUGCGCGGCAAGCCCCUGGUUCCUCAGGCCUUUGAAGAAGAAGACGACGACGACGACAACAAAUGGGUUGACUGGGAGGACCUGAUUUUGGAGGACACCGUUCCUCUCGUUGGCUUCGUCAGAAUGAUUCUUCAUUCUGGACAAUAUGACAAUGGAGAUAAACUAAGUCCAGAGCAUGAGAAAACCAUUAUUGAGAAGCUGCUUCCCUUUCAUCCAGAAUUUGAGAAAAAGAUCGGAAGUGGAGUUGACUAUAUCACGAUUGGAUAUCAUCCUGAUUUCGAACGCUCUAGGUGUUUGUUCAUAGUACGACAAGAUGGAGAGCUGGUUGAUUUUUCAUAUUGGAAAUGCAUAAAGGGCUUGAUCAGAAAGAACUAUCCAUUAUAUGCAGACAGUUUCAUUCUCAGACAUUUCAGGAAGAAGAGUCGUAAUUUGUGAAGUUAGCACUGUUUUUUUGCUGGUUGGACCAUUUCAUUUUAAAAUUCGCUUCUUCUUUUUUAACCCCGUUUAAUUUUUCGUGUUAUUUUAUUGCUGGUAGCGUGUUAUUUUAAAGGUAUGAGAAAAACGAAGACAAAAAAUUUUGGAGUCAGAAGUGUGGUUAGCAUUUAAUCACUCACUACAAAAGAUUGCCAUCAAUGCCGGAAAUUGUACCCAUUUUAUUAUUGACAAUAUUCGUAGUGAUAUAAAAAUAUGGGAAUGUAGAUUAUGUAUAUAGACCUUGAUGAUAAUGUACCUUUCUGUUCAAAUAAAUUUUCAAUUUGAAGAAUUGAACUUUAUUUUA